UUUCCAUGGUGAUCUUAAUUUUAAUGUAAACUUUUUUUAUUUAGAGUCAAGUUAAUAAAUCAAAAUUCCCAAGAUGAGCGAGCUAGAUGUACCUUUCCCGAGUACGACUAAUUAUCGUGUGAGGAGGGAUGCAUUCAUCUCUAUCCCUGAAAUAAGGAGGUUCAAGGUUUGCGAGGGGUUUCCCUAUUGUAAAGACCAAUUCCAAGUCAAAUAUUUGGAACACUUUAUGAAGAUGGAUGAGAAACAUGAUCAUCUAGCUACACUGAUGUCUUACAGGCUGGAUGGAUCAAACAAUAUAACAAAAGUGCCCUUGCACAAGAAAGAGUCUAAAAUUACACCUAAAGAACUCCUUCCAAGCUGGACAGACUAUGAAAGACGAGCUUAUGUUGAUCAUUUUUAUGUGCUAGCCCAACAACACCGGCAGAGGUACAACACUGACAAUGCCUAUGACGCUUGUAGGACUUACGACUUCUUCAAACUUGAAAAAGAUUCUCCGUUUACACGAGGAUUCACAAAUGAAUUCUACAGUUUGAAGCCAAAAUUCACGGAUUACAAACAACCGUUAGUGUUUCCUCUUAGUAGGGAAGCUUCACGUAAGAAUCAAUCUGGAUACUUCUACUGUCAUAAACGGGCUGAGGGUCCAUAGUCUGUGACAAAUUUACUAUUACAAAAUUGAUGGGAAGAAAUGAAUGUUAAUAUAAAUCAUUAAACUCAACAUAAUUUUAUUUAAUUAUAAUUUUAUAGUACAACAAUAUACAAUAAAUAUUUGACACAA